UUAGUGCUAAAGCUAAUAAUAAAAAUCGAUAGAAAUAAGAAUGUAGUGGUAUUCCAGUAUGCCAAAUUGACACGUCAAGGAAAGGUUAAAAUGUAGUAUUUAUUUAUUUAUUUAUAAAUUAUUUAAACAAUUGUAAAAGAAAAUGUUUAAGAAGUUGAAGGAUAAAAUCGCCGAAGAGGUUAAAAGUUCGCCCCACAAAAUCCAACAGCUAACGCAGACAGUAACCGAACGAAUACAGAAUGCAACGAGCGACGAAAGCUUCUUUUCAAUCGGAGAAGACGACUCGUCGACGCCCGAGCCCGGCUUCACGAGCGUCUCGCUUUCGACUCCGCAGGGCGCGCCGGUCCGGAGGAACUCGAGCUCGUCGAUAGCGAGCGACAUCUCGUUCCUGCCACGGUACGAGUCCGCGUCCAACUUGUAUCACCUGCAGUCGGACUUGGACGUUUCGGCCAGCGAAAUCGAGGACAAUGUCUCGACGUCGUCGCAACUCGGUCACCUUAGCAAAGAGCAGAUACACGCCGCGUUUCAGAAGGCGCAGUUGAGAUACCAUAAGUAUAGGGGUCGCUAUGCGGACAUUAAGAAUUACUAUAAAGAGUUGGAGAAGGAAAAUGGGAAAAUUAAGCAAGUGUUGGUGGAAACUCAGGACAAGGCCUUACGACGAGUUGCCGAACUAAGGGAACAAUGUUCGUUGGAACAAAAAGCCAAAGCGCACUUAGAAAAUGCCUUAAGACUCGAACUAGAUGAAAAACAAUACGUUAUAGACACAUUGAAGACAAAAGUGAACCUUUUACAGGACAAAAACUCCAACUGCGAGAAAUCGGAGACGUUAGUGAAUCUCGACGAUGGGCUCGCGAACGAUCUGAAAACGGCGCAGAACGAGAUCGAGACGCUAAACGCACGUUUGCAGGAGAUGAAGGCGAACACGAUCGUGUUUAACAGCAAAGAAAGCGACCUAAAGAAGAGAAUCGCCGAGCUCGAGGAGACGGCCAAGAGAAAGGCGGUGGAAAUGGACGAAGUUAAGGAGCGAGAGAGGGAGAACAAUCUGAUCAUCGCCCAGACGAAGAUGGAGCUACACACCGAGAUACAAAAUCGCGACCUUGAAAUACAGAAUUUGAAGCACGACCUCGAGGUUCUCAAAGUAGAUUUAGACAGUUACGAAAAUAAGAGCAAAAGUACAAAGUUGGAGAAUUUGCACAGUCAAAACGCGAAGCUAAUCGAGAAGAUCGACGCGCUGACUCAAAAAUGCAAAAGCUACGAGAGCGAGUCGCUCAAAUUGGAGCAGCUCAAAAUCGAAAACGAGGCCUUGAAGGAGAGCGACGCGAAGCUGAAGCAGCAGCGCGACGAGGCGGAACGGCAACGGGCGGAGUUAAACGAAACAGUCGACUCGUUGACGCGGAAAUGUCAGGGGUACGAAGGCGACUUGCUCCAGCUUGAGCAGCUGAACUCAUUGAGGACCGAGGAGCAAGUGAAAUGUCAGAACUACGAGAGUGAGUUGGAGCAGAUGAAAAUUGAGAAUGAUGGGUUAAAAGCGAGUCAGGCUGCAUUAGGCGAGCAAAUGAAUGAGAAUGAGGCGAAAAGGGCUCAGGACUACGAAAGCGGAAUGCUUCAAUUGGAACGGCUCAAAAUCGAAAAUGAUGCGUUAAGGGUCAGCGAGGCGAAGAUGAGGGAAGAAGCUUUAAGGCUGGGGGAAGAGGUGGGACGACGCCAGGUCAAAUUCGACGAGGAGCUUGCGACCGUCCGAGAGGACACGAAGAGGAGUCUACUCGAUCUCGAGUCGAAAAUUAGGGAGAAGUUUGAGAUUGAAAGGGGCGAACGCGAGCGAAGCUUGCAAAGCGAUUUUGAGGAGAAGCUGCGACAGGUGGUUGCCGGUACCGAGACGGCGCAAGAAACCCAGCUGAAACUGCUGGAGACGGAGGGUGAGGUGAAAACUUUGGCGUGCUCAGUGGGGGAGCUGGAAGGGAAACUUCAAGCGCUUCAAGAGAGGUACAAUGAGUUAGAGAGGAAUCAUCUGGAAUUAAUUGAGGAAAAUUCAGGCGCGCUGAGCGAGUUGAAAACUGCCAGAAAGCGAGUGGACGACUUGGAGGUCGACGUGCCAAAUUUGACCGGAGAGGUCUCUCGAUUGCAAGCUGACGUGGCAAAUUUGCAAAGCGAAAAUUUGAAACUGUCGUCGGAGGCGAGCGACUUGCAGGAGCGACUUUCAAAAUAUGACUCCAAAAUCUCCCAACUGGAGGCUACAAAUUCCAGCUGCCAAAGUGAAUUGGAAAAGUUACAGCAGGUAAGGUUACGGCUAGAAUUAGAAUUAGAAAACCAUCCUCUACGGAAGGAAAUCGAGCAACUGAACGCUUUGAUGGCCUCGCCCACAAAUCCACCUGAGGUGACCUUCAACGAUUCGGUCCUAAGCGAGGUUGCCAAGACGAUCUUGAGCGUCGCCGACUUUCAGGACCAAGUGCGCCAUCUGACGGAACAGAACGCCGCGCUGGAGCUGAAGCAAUGCAACCGAGACGAAGAGGCGAGUAAGACGACGCAGGCGCUUCGGAAGAAACUUAAGGAACAGAAGGCGAAGUUUCACGCAGACAUUCAGAGUCUCAAAGGGGAAGUGUCCGAGUUUCGAGAGAAGAACGAGGAAAUUCAGUCGCACAUCGACGAGUACAAGCAGAAGUUGAACGAGUACGAGGUCGCGUCGUCGCAGAAGAGCGCGCAGCUGCGGGAUUUGACGAAUGAAAACGGCGAUCUUCGCGAUCGCCUGCUGAAGUCCGACGAGCGCGUCGCGGUUUUGUCGCAGGAGAAAGACGGUCUGUCGCACGCGCUAAGAUUGAAAGUCGACGAGAAUGCGAAUCUGGCCGAGGAAGUGCGGAAGCUCGCGUCGGACCAGAACGAGAAGCUGACACGCGGACUGGCGACGCUUCGCGAGGAGCACGAAACGCAAGUCUCCAAACUGCAGGACGAUCACAUGAUCGCUCUGCAGCAGGAGAUUGCGAAGCUAAAGGUUAGCGAGAGUAACUGUGACUCUCUCGCGAGCGCGAACUCCGAACUUGUGAGGGUUAAUGUCGAGCUCGAGGGUAAGCUGAAGAAAUCGGACGAAGACGCGGCGCAUUUGCGUAAAACCAACGACGAGGUGAACGGGCAGCUCCAGUCGUGCCAACUGGAGUUGCGCACGGUGCAGGAGAAACAGGAGGGUUUGCGCGAUGGGAAUCAGCAGCUACAAGACGAGGUGAUGAGGCUAAGACAGGAGGAGGUGGCUCUGAACGAGAAACUGCUGACUCACGCGGAGACCUCCGCAAACUACACCAGGUCACUCGAAGAGAUCGCCGAGCUCAGGAGUAAAAACACAGAGCUCGCGCACGAUUUCAAGCAAACAGUGGAAGAGAACGACAGCCUAAUCCAUGACUUAGCCGAGAUGAAGCUCAAAUACGAAACCAUCGCGCUUGAAAAGACAACGUGGGAGAAAUCCGACUUCGACAGGCAAGAGCUGGAGACGAUCAGGGCCGAGAACGAGAAGCUCCACGGCGAACUGCGCCAGCAGUCCGAAACUAGAGACGCGAUCGAAAAGGAGCUUCAAGUGCAACUCAGAGACUUGGAGAACCAAUUCACGGAGAUCGCGCACGAACGUCAGCUGCUCCGCGACGAAAUCCAAGAGCUGAAGAUAGCGCCGAUAAACUCGGACGACGUCGGCAAACUCCACGAGCAGGAAAUCAACCAUCUCAACGACAAGCUCAUUCAGUACAAGUCACUGGACCUGACCAACCGGACGUCGAUACAGUUCUACGAGAACGAGCUGCAGAAGUUGAAGAACAAGAACGAAAAGCUCAACCGGAAGCUGGACGAGACGCUCGUCACACUAAACCACUGCGCCGACCUGAGCAACUCCACCGAAACUGAGUACCUCCGCAACGUGCUGUACAAUUACAUGCUCGGAAAGGAGGCGCUGGUUCUCGCGCGCGUCAUCGCCGCCGUCUGCAAAUUUGACGAUCACCAAACCGAGGCCAUCUUACAGAGGGAACAACAAAAGCAAACGUUGCUGGGACAAUUAGGAUUUCGAUAGUAGUAGAAUUUUUAUACGAAUAAAUAAAUCCCGCUUCUUAAUUAGUUUAUUUGAUGCAGGUAAGUAGUUUAACAAAUUGUUUUAUAAGCGAAUCACUCGGUUGUAUAUAAUUGUUUUUAAUAUAUUUUAUUACGUAAUUAGUAAUUAAAACGGUGCAAUUAUUACAUGCUUUUCUAAAUAUGUAUUAUAUUGUUAAUAAAGAUGUUACUUUAAUAGUC